UUAUGUUGUUAGAACUCGUAGUUCGGUAAUAAGUCUCUCACUUCCACUCUCUCUCUCCAUCUCCUUCCAUUGUUCUUCCCCUUCUCUUCUUUCUCUCUCUCCCGUACUUCUAGGGUUUCGUUCGAUCACAUCUCCGUUCAUCUCAAUUCAUCUUUUUUAUAAAAAAAAAAAUCCUGUAAGAAGCAGAGGAAAAUGGAUUCCAAUUCAUCAUGGAUCAAUUGUCCUUCCGUUUUCUCAUCCUCUUCUUCUUCUGCUUCUCGACGAUGUCAACAAUCCCGAUCAGAUCUGUAUAUAGGUGCAGGAGGAGGAGGGUACGAGGAUCUGGAAGGAGAAGACGAUUUAAAAUCGGAGUUCAUCUGCCCGUUUUGCGCCGAAGUCUUCGACAUCGUCGGGCUCUGCUGUCACAUUGACGAAGAGCAUCCUGUCGAGGCCAAGAACGGGGUCUGUCCUGUAUGCACAAAGAGGGUGGGAUUAGAUAUCGUCGGCCAUAUCACUACACAACAUGCCAACUUUUUCAAGGUGCAGCGAAGGAGAAGGUUGAGAAAAGGUGGUGGUGGAUACAGCUCUGCUUAUCUCGCCUUGAAGAAAGAGCUCCGGGAAGCUAACUUACAGUCUCUUCUCGGUGGAUCCUCGAGUUACACUUCUUCUACCAAUAUAGAUUCUGAUCCGUUGCUCUCUUCCUUUAUGUUUAAUCCGUCAGCUGCAAACAAAUCCGCUGCACCUGUUACAGAAGGAGCCUCGGCUACAACGAAACUCUCGCAAAAGGAAUCUCUCAAAAGAGACGUUCGAGAAGCUCCACUUUCAGGGGAAGAUCGAGAGAAGGCGAAGAAGAGCGAGUUUGUGAGAGGUUUGUUCUUGUCAACCAUGCUUGGUGAGGAUUACUAAUGAAAGCCUACUCGCCUUUUGUUGUGGGUGAUUUUAUGAGAAAGUGAGCAAUCUUGUGAGGUUAAAAAUUGUUAGAGCUUGUAAGUUAAGGAGGGGGAGGCAGAGUUAAAUCCAUAUGUUAUUGUCAUCGAACUACCACCUUAUAAUGUUUAUAAACGGAAACAAAGUACUGUACUUUCUUUUCAUUGAGACAUUCAUAGAUUCGAAUAAAAACAUUUAACACGUUUUGUGAAAA